AUGGGUGAGUUGACAGCUGUCGAAAGAAGACGUAUAUUACGAGAGAGGCGUGCCAAGAAGUUGGCCUCUAAUGCGUCUGAUCGCUUAGAGAAGAUUGCAGGGUUAAAUGGAUCGAUGCUCGACAAAAGAGCAAAGGCUGAAGCCGCGAGUAUUGACAGCACCCCAACAACGGCCAACACGGCCACAUCAAGUGAGGGAAUUGAUAAUUCAGAAGGCCAAAAGAGAUUCACAGCAUCUACAGCAUCUUCCGAAUCUCCUGACUUGACCCACUUGAAGAUAAUUGAUCCAUUGCAUAAAAACCCAUCAGAGGAGACCGUAACUGGAUUGGACGACACCGAAGGAGAUAUUGGUAUGGAUGAACUUCUUCGCAAAUUGAUGCAAGGUAUGGACCACUCUCAGCAGCAUGAUCGUAACUCCCCUGAGCCUGCAAUGCUUCCCGACGACUUCAUGAAGACAAUGUCAUCAAUGCUCAAGCAGUCAAUGGAAGGAGGAAACACUGAAGACACUUUUCCUGCUUUACCUCAGAGCGCCAUGGGAUCAGCGGGAGCUAUGGGCAAAUUGCCCGAGCAAUUAAAGGCAGAAAGCGAACUUAAAGAGUACAACGAUUAUAGAGUCGCCAGACUUCAAGUUUUCUUCACCUUCGCCAGAUAUAUCGGAAUAUUCAUCUUAGUUAUUACCCAGAUCGUCGACUUUGUCGACUAUCAGGCCUCCUUUCAGAACUUAAGGCCUACCAUCAAAGGGGCCAAAAGAUCUCUUUUUUCCAGGUUCUCUUUUUGGUCCAAUGGAGACAUCAUUCUUAGGGAUGCAUCGUCUUGUAGAUUUUGGAACUCUUUUGUCAUUUUAGAAAUAGUAAGCUCCUUUCUUUAUCAUUUUGCACGUUCAAGAUUUCCUCCUUCGUCACCAAACAUGUUGGUGUCCCUAGCUUCUGGGUUUAUUCCUCGAAAAUAUAAAUGGAUCUUUGACACUGCGUUUCAGCAAAAAGAGAUAUUGAGUUUCAUUGUCUCCGAUUUGGCCCUUGUGAUUGUCAUUAUAGGAAUGAUGACUUACUUUGAAAUACAGACAUAA